UGUCAAAUUAGAUGGCUUGAGAUAAAUCAAAAUAUUCAAUUAUUAUUAUUAUUAUUUUCGUUAAAUUCUAAUUUCAAAUUUGAAGGGCAGGUCUCUGACCCUCGACGCUACAAAUUUCUGUCUUUUACACUUCUAUUCCCUCUCUCUUUCUCAUUAUCAGUUUCUGUGCCUGCCCCAUCCAGUCUCUCUUGAGACUCUUACUCUCCCUACUCUGUGUCUCUAUCAUUUCUCCAGUUUCUUUGUCCUUUCAUAUCCAUGCUCUCAUUUAUGAGAAAACCCACAUUUCGUCUCCUUUCUCUCUCCCUUCCCUUCCUAACCUCCUCUUUCUCUUCUUGUCGCCGAAAGAACUGUUUUUCCCCAUUCAGUUUGCAACCCCCAAAACCAAAGAAGCUCCCUUCUUCUGUAACUGCACAUGGCCUCUCUUGGGUCGAUCCCUACCGUUGGAUGUCUAACCUAGACGAUCCUGAUCUACCCACCUACCUGCAAGAGGAAAACAAUUACGCAGAGGCGUUCAUGGCUGAUACGGAGCAUAUUCAGCGAGAACUAGUUGCGGAGAUGAAGGAAAGAAUGCCUUCCAGUGUAUUCACCCCACCUGAGAAAUGGGGUCCGUGGUUAUAUUAUCAAACUAUUCCCAAAGGAAAAGAAUAUCCAGUCCUGUGCAGGAGAAUUGGGACCAAUGAUACUCUCAUGGAAAGAAUCGUUGGGUACAUGGGGGGGAAUAGGGAGGAAGAUGUAUUGCUCGAUUGGAAUAAAAUUGCCGAACAAUUUGGCUAUGUUCAUAUAGGCACAUGCCAGGUUUCUCCUGAUCACCGGUACCUUGCAUAUACACUAGAUAUGACUGGUCAAGAACUUUUUAUGCUUCAGAUAAAAGAUCUAGAGACAGGCUGCCUCAUUUCAAACUCUUUUGUUAGAGGUGUUGUCAGUUUGGCAUGGGCCAAAGACAGCAGGACUUUGCUUUAUACAGUUGUUGAUGAGACCCAACGGCCUCACAGAGUAUUUAGCCGAAGUUUGGGAUCUGAUGACACAGAUUGUUUAAUAUAUGAGGAAAGUGAUUUAAGCUGCUCUGUUGACAUUACCAGUACAAAAGAUGGAAAGUUCAUAACUGUGAACUCUAACUCAAGGGCAUCAUCUGAGGUUUAUUUGCUUGAUUCAAGCAACCUGAAAGAUGGUCUGCAACUUGUGUGGAAACGUGCUUCUGGUGUACAAUAUUUUCUGGAACACCAUUAUGGAUAUUUCUACAUUCUUACAAACUCUCCUUUAGGCUGCUCUCAAUUUGUUGCGGAAGGUUAUCAUUUAGCUAGAUGCCAAGCUGAAACUUUACGCUCUGGGGAAUGGCAGAAUAUUAUUCAAGCUGGUCAAGGUGUUGAGAUUCAGGAUAUGGACAUAUUUGAUGGACAUUUGGUGCUUUUUCUUCAUAGAGGUGGAAUCCCCAAGAUUUGUUCUAUAAAAAUGCCACUGGAGUUUCCUUUAAAGCACCCUAUGGAUAUUGAGGAUCUCAAUCCGUGGUUCUUUCCAUUGCCUUCAGACACAAGCAGUGUCGUUCCUGGUUCAAAUCACGACUUCAUGGACUCUACUUUUCGUGUGGUGAUUUCAUCUCCUGUGAUGCCUGAUGCAGUAGUUGACUAUGACAUGCUAAAGCAAGACUUCACAAUUGUGCAUCAAGAGAAAGUUCUGGGUAUUGACUCUUUUGAUGUUAAUGAGAAUGAUACUGUAAAAGCACGCCAUAACUGGAGUUAUAUCUCCCAAUUAUAUUCCUGCGAAAGGAAAGAAGUUCUCUCCCUUGAUGGUGUCCAUGUUCCUCUGACCAUUCUAUACUCCAAAAAAGUGGAAAUAAAUGGUAAAAGCCCUGGAAUUUUAAUGGGUUAUGGAGCUUACGGUGAAGUUCUGGAGAAGAACUGGUGUACUGAUCGGAUAAGUUUGCUAGAUCGUGGUUGGGUGAUAGCAUUUGCUGAUGUAAGAGGGGGUGGAGGUCUAGGCAUGUCAUGGCAUCAUGAUGGUGCUGGACCAUAUAAGCUGAAGUCAAUUCUUGACUUUGUUGCUUGCGGAAUGUACCUCGUCAAUGAGGGAUACAUUAAUAGGCAUCGGCUUGGUGCUGUCGGGUUCAGUGCGGGUGGGCUUCUGGUGGGUGCGGCUAUUAACCUGUAUCCAGACUUGUUUUGUGCUGCCAUUUUGAAGGUUCCAUUUCUUGACAUAUGCAACACAUUGUUAAAUCCAUCUCUGCCGCUCACCACUUUGGACUAUGAGGAGUUUGGUGAUCCAACAAUCCAAGCCCAAUUCGAAAUGAUUUGUUGUUACUCUCCAUAUGAUAACAUUCAACAGGGAGUAUGUUAUCCUUCAAUGCUGGUUACUUCAUCUUUUAAUGAUUCAAGGGUGGGUGUUUGGGAAGGAGCUAAAUGGGUGGCUAGAGUGAGAGAAGAGACAUGCAGAAGCUGCUCGAGUUCAGUCGUUUUGAGGACAAACAUGGAAGGGGGCCAUUUUGGCGAGGGAGGGAGGUACAAGCACUGUGAGGAAACGGCGUAUGAAUACGCUUUCUUAAUCAAAAUGAUGAGCGAAAUAGCCUGAAAAUAUAUGGAAGUUUAGCAACAAGUAAAAGCUCUCUCUCUCUGCUGUUGCUGGUUGGUUUCUAUGAAAGUUAAUGAAAGGACUCUCUCUCUCUCUCUAGUUGCUGUUCAAUUUC